GGAAAUUUAAAAAAAGUGAGUGGCAGUACAACUUGUACAUGAUUUCACAUUGUUUAUAAAAUGGAGAAACACAUUGGGUGCUUGGUUAUGCCUGGUGAUGUUUUAGAUUGUAUUAAGCCAGUCGAAGAAAAUAAAAAGGUCAUUUUAGGUCCUGGUUUGAUAGAAGAUGGCAAUUUUAUUAAAAUAUCUAAGCCAGGAAUAUUGAAGUUUCGACAGCCAGGCGUUUACUGGAUUGAUUGUCACCAAAAAAGAGUAAGUAAAAUUAGUAAGUUAAAGUAGUUUUUUAGUAUUAAGUUGUGUUAGGGCUAGUGUGGCCGGGCCAUCCAUAGGCAUAAAUGACGUCACGCUAAAUUUGCCGCUUUUUACGCCCUACCCCAAAAUAAUUUUCAGUUAGGGUAAAUUUAAAGAAGAGAUGCCAUGUUUUUUUUCCAAUUGACGCCAAUUAAUUAAGCCAAUUUGGUUGACAAGACCAGUUAAUUCCGUCACUAAUUCUAAGCAAAAAUGUAUCCGUAACCUGAAACUGAAUCCUAAAUGUAUCCCUAACCUGAACCCUAAAUGUAAGCUAUCCCUAAACCUAACCUGAACCCUAAUUCAUCAAACACGCAAAAGAUGCAGUGGGCACCGUGGCAUUCGUUCUUAAUUUUAGCCAAAGUUAGACCCCCCAAAUAUAAUGUAACAAAUCUCUGUGCACCCCCCCCCCCAUAUAAAAAUUCUUGGGCACUUGGAUGAAGCAAGGUUUUAUUUUUGCCAAAAUUAGGCCCCCCCAAAAUAAAUGUACAAAUCUCUGUGCCCCCCCCCCCCCCAUAUAAAAAUUCUUGGGCACUUGGAUGAAGCAAGGGAGACUACUCAAAAAAGUGUAUGGGAAAUAGGCGUCGGCGCGCGCGAAAAUCCGAGUUUUUAAUUUUUUUAUAGUGGAACUAUUUCAUUCAUAAAAUAAUUAUUAGAUCCCAGAAUUGUGUUCCUCUUCCAGCCUUUCGCUUUAGGGGACAUCUUGGCUUACAUUUUAAUCAAUUUCUUUUUCAUUUACAAUCAGUCAGCUUUGAGAAAAUCCUUGGUCAAUAUAAGGCAACUUCAACCAUUAAAAUCAAGUUGAAGUAAAAGACAUGGCACUACCAAAUUUGUUAUGCAUCUGGGGCUUAUAUUGAUCUACAUGUAUGCCAAUUUUCACAGCCAUAUGUGUUUUACGAGAGACGUCAUAUUCUACGGGUUUGCAGCAGGUCAUGCAAUUUGCUCAGCCUAAUUUCGACAUUGCGUGGGCCACGCCCACUUUUUAAUGGUGGAAGUUGCCGAUACUUAUGAAAUAUUAAAUUAUUACCACUAUUUACAUCAAAAUAUUUGAUAACUUGUGUUUCAGAAUGCAUUUUGAAGACAUUUAAACUGGAAUGUUUUAAUUUGAGCUUUAAAAACCUGGUAGAGUCCAUAUUAUAAAUGAUCAGAAUUUACGGUGUGCAAAACGUCGUCAUUGGCAACCAUUCACAGCCACUUGCAAAAUGGAUGUAUCUCGUAGUAGUACCUCAGAGUUUCAUUCAUAAGAGUUUACCGUGUGCAAAAACUAUUAAACCAUUAGUCAGGGAAAGCUUUAAUUAAUUAUUCAUGUGCCAAAGUUGAAAGUUUAAACUAAGUCGACCCUAAACAGUAUUUUAGUGAUAAGGGGAUGCGUUGCCUUAAAUAAAGUAUAUAGUCAUUGCGCAUGACGCGAUCAGCGCAUGACGCGAUCAGCGGAAUGAGUUCACAAGAUGUGGAGGUUUCGUCCAUAGUAAAAAAUACCAAAGGAACUCACACUUUAAAAAUUCGUAGCUCAAAAAGUACUUAAGCUAAAAAGUUGAUUCUGGUUUCAUUUUUUUAUUUGAAAUUUGCUCUAACUAGAUUUAACUGUAUUAUUUAAAAAAUUAUUUCAAAUUUAUUAUUUUUAAAAUUAAAGUACCUACUAAUGUCCUUUACUUUUAAUUUUUACUAACCCUUAAAUUGUAAAAAUCCACCUCCCAUGGCGGAUGGCUAUCAAAUGACUGCACCUGUGUCAGAAACAUUUCACUGAUGGUUCUUAACCAGGGGUAAAAGUAUCUCCCCAGCCCUGAGGUGCGGAAGACCAGAAAAUUGUAUUUGCUGCCAUUGCUAGUUAAGUGGCUGGGUUUUAAUUUUAAAAAUCAGUUUUAUGCAUUUUAUUAUCAGCAGUAGAUAUUUUUCUGGUGAAUUUUGUUUACGCAUUACUUUUAUUGGUAAUUUUUUUCAUAGUUUAUAAAUAGUUCAUGAAAGAAAUAACGUGAUAACUAAAUUAUUAAAUUAUUUUUAAAUUUUAUUACAAUAUAAUUUACACGAUUGUGGUGGGGAGGGAUGUUUGAAACAGAGUGGGCCUGCAGCGCUGAAAAAAGCUAAGAAUCCCUGCCCUAGAGCAUUUACUAAGCAUCCCACUCACCCCCGUCAACCCUUUUUUCGUUCCCUACUACUUCUUUUUUCGUUCCCUCCUACUUUACGUGGUAGUCCUAAUUCUAUAACUCCCGUCUCCAUAUUUAGCCGUAAAUUGUCACAACUGUCAAAGUCACUACACCCAUUUUCUGCUCCUUAGCGUCCUGCAACUUGAUAAGUGGCCAUUUCUGAGACGACUUCUGCCUGUAAUGAUUCUCUCAUUGAUCGUAGUUUUAAAAUAAAAUAAUUAUAAUUGUGGUAUAAAAUAAUAAUGUUAAAAUGUCUGUAAUUUAAUGUUAUUAAGGACAAUGCUUUACUUAAAUAUUCCGCUUUUCAUGUGAGGCAACAUUGCUCAAGACCCCCCCUUCCCCCCAUCAAGCGUCGUCACAAAAAAUUGCCCCCCCCACCCCCCUAGAAGCAUGACGUCAUUUAUGGAUGGCCCCUUACGUUAAUUCAAUUUUUUAUUGUAGGCUUUAUAUAUUACUAUGUUACGUACCGUUGUUUUUAUAUGAUUUUUUUAAUUUAAUCUGUUUUAAGAUUUGGCUCAUAGAAUAAACAAUACAUAACAAAUUAAAACCAGUAUACAAAGAAAAACAAUACCAAAGUUUUAACUAUUGAUUCUAACAAUCAUGUAGAUAUUUCAGUAUAAAUAUAAACAAUUCAAAAUAUUUUUUUUUUAAUAUUUAAGUUAUUUAGAGCAAAUUUAAAUAAAAAAAUGAAACCAGAAUCAACUUUUUAGCUUUAGUACUUUUCGAGCAACGAAUUUUUAAAGUACGAGUUCAUUUGAUAUUUUUACUAUGGAUGAAACCUCCACAUCUUGUGACUUCAUUAUGCUGAUCCCAUCGUGCACAUUGACUAUAUAGUUUAUAUAAGGCAAUGCAUCGCUUUAUUACUAAAAUACUACUUAUUUUGAACUUUCAACUUUGGCACUUGACCAAUUAAUUAAAGCUUUCCCUGACCAAGGGUUUAAUAGUUUUUGCACACAGCAAAGUUUUAUGAAUGAAACUCGGAGGUAGCACUAUGACUAUGGUAUAGACAUUAUGCAAGGGUUUCCGGAAAUUUGUUUGAAAGAAAUUUCAUAGAUGGAAAAUUAAUAGACGGGAGUUUGGUUGAAUUUUUUUUUCAGGUCACACUAUCAAAUUUGACGCAAAAUUUGAGUGUGUGAACAAAAAAAAAAUGAUAGAAAGAUGCCUUAUAUAUACCUAUGAAUUUACAAAACUAAGGUUGAUCAAAAAAGGCAAAACAGUACGUUGGAAUGUCGAUCAAGAACAUGUGGAAGGAUACCACAAUUUUAUGACAAAAUAGUCCUUUUAUUAAUGCAAAAGCACCAACCUCCAAAAAAUUAUAAAGAUGGAUUCUUCUGUGUCGACGCCCAUAUCCAAUACAGAUAUUUAGUAGUCUCCCUUGCUUUAAAAACUCUGACUCUCAUUGAACUUAUUGAGUGUUAUCAAGAGCCCAUUCCGUUUCCGGUGAAGAUAUAACAAAUUGCUUUAUUUAUUUUUUCCCUCAGUUAUGGGGGGGGGGGGGGGGUUUUAAUUUAAAAAAAGAUAAAUUGACUAUUUCAAAGUUAAUCCCCACCCAGGACAAUGUACUUUUGAUGGUUCGCACCGUAAUGAGUGAGUUCCCUUUUUUUGUUUAUUCUUGGAUUGUUACAAGAGUUUAACUAUUCUUUUUUUUUUUAUGAAUAAUAAUGUUGUAGGUACUUGGGUAAAAUGUUCAAUAUGAAGUUUUAGAUUUAAGAGCUAGUUUGUUAGAUAGGGCCUGAAAAAUGAAAUUCAUCAAAAUCAAAUUUAUGGUUGCACGUCAAGUCUAAAGAAAUUUAUGAUUUUUUUCUUGAAUUAUUUUAUUAUUUUGGGAUAACUCUGUUAAUUGAGACAAUAGGAUGUUACCCACUGGCUUCUAUUGUGAGAAAUUAAUCUCCUAUUUUAAUUUUAUGGCUCAUUCAAACAGUGCCUAACAAAGGACGAUACCAUAGAGAAAUACAAUAACAAAAAUACGACACCGAAAACAGUACCAAUUACAAUUAAUAAAAUUUAAUUUAGUAAUAAUACAAUUAUAAAACCAAAGAAAUAUAAUUACAAAUCAUCAACUUACAGAGUGUUGUAGCUCUUGUACCGGUACACAGUUAGUACAAUGUGCCAAUUAAUAACGUACAAUGACGAAAUGCGAAUAAACACAUAUAUAAGAACAUAAAGAAUAAUACACGUCUCGUAAAGUUAAAAAUAUCGAUCUGAAUCAGUCUCAAUCUCCGUCCCUGUCAAUCCUUUAUAUAUACAGUAUAAGCACUGCAUUCCAGGAGCUACUCAGCAUUUGUUUACCUUUCUAGAACAAAUCGCGAUCAUUCCACAACAAACUAGGAGACUAGGACUAACCAUGUUUAAUUGGUAGCUGAUAGAAACAAGAUACAUCAAAGAGAUUUAACCACGCCCACAACAAACGUUACCGUCUGCUAGAAGUCUAAUGCGGGGUCAAAGAAAGUUCACGCACGGGGAAAAAGUGUACUACAUAACAAGGAAAAUAUAAAAGUGACUAAAAUAAAUAAAAAAAUCUGGAGACAUUUGAGAUAGAUGUUACAAAGAGCAGUUAAUUGAAGUUAUUUAAAGAAUCAAUGUAGAUAAUCAUUACAAACCAUAUUAUUUGUGAUUGUCAUAACAUUAUCAAAACAGGUGCCCUAUAAUUAAUUCUGCUGUACUCAAGAUGAGCUUAUUAAUAUUCAAAAUGGUGAUCACAUUUUCCAAUGUCGUAUUUUUAUAUGAACACAACAUGAACAAUAUUCUCCUAAAUAUAGAGUCAUGUUUAUGAAAUUGUUCGUAUUUAAAAGGGGAACAAUAACAGGUGGCAUAUGGAAGGGUGAACUCGUGUGUCCCUUAAAAAUGUAAAUGUAGUUUAUUUUAUAUCUCCGAUAGCAAAAUCUAAGUCUAAUGAAAAAUGUACAAUAUUCAGCUUAUAAUAGGAGUCUUUCUUCUAUAGGAUUUUUUUUUCAAUUCUUAAUUCUUUUUGCUUAGUUUUCUUAGAAGACCUACAAGACUUGUGCUGCUUCAACAACUAUAGGCUACAAAUUGCAAAUAUGAAGUCAAUUGAUAUGCUUUUAAAUUUAAAUUAAAUAAAACAAAGUGGGUUUGUUUUUUUGUUUUUUGUGUGUGAAGUAUUUCAAAAUACCAAUUCAUCUAAAUACUGAAGAAAUCUUAAUUCUAAAUCUAUUAUGAAGAUAAAACAAAUUUUUCUUCAUAUUUCCAUGCUAUACAUUUGUCAGGUUGCUUAGACCAAACUCCUAAGUAAGUCUGUUAUGUAGGAGUGGAAGUUUCACUAUUUGAAUAAAGAAAUACAAUUAAAUAUCUCUUUAUAUGACUCCUGAGUCAAUAAUAUUACCUCAAAUAACUUAAAAUAGUGCUUUUAGAACAUUAUAUAGUAAUUCAUAUUUCGGGUCAUGGGAAAUGGCAGGAUCUAGAGAUCCAUCUUCACGUUUUUCCUUAUUAUCAGCUAUACAAAUAAAAUGAUUUUGCACUGCAUUGAGGUUGGUCAUGAAUGCUUAAUGUAAGUUUGUAUUGGUGCACAAAUGUGAAUGUCUUUCCUGUGGGUGGUGCUUAAGAAAGCUUUUCUCAUUACAUGAGAACAUUGUGUCCUGGGUGGUGCUUAAGAAAGCUUUUCUCAUUACAUGAGAACAUUGUGUCCUGUGGGUGGUGCUUAAGAAAGCUUUUCUCAUUACAUGAGAACAUUGUGUCCUGUGGGUGGUGCUUAAGAAAGCUUUUCUCAUUACAUGAGAACAUUGUGUCCUGGGUGGUGCUUAAGAAAGCUUUUCUCAUUACAUGAGAACAUUGUGUCCUGGGUGGUGCUUAAGAAAGCUUUUCUCAUUACAUGAGAACAUUUACAUGUGUCCAGUGUUAAUUUACUUGACAUCUAAAAAUUGAGGAACAUAUCAUUAUUGAAUAAUCCUUCCUAGACCAAGGUGGGCAACCUUUUCCAAAACAGACACAGUUUUGGGGGAAGAAAAGUAAAACUUGUCCAACUACAUAUCAAUCAUCAAACAAUACUGUCACAUCAAAUGUUUGUAAAUACAGCUCAACUAGUAUACCAUAUAUUGCUGUCUGUGUACAAUGUAUUUGUAUUGUUGCAAUUAAUUUCAGUAUCUUGUGUAGUAUCAAUGUUGUGAUUUGAUAUGAAAAGUAUUAUACUGUACUGAAUCAUUGUAACAUUUUCCAGUACGUUCCAGCAAAGAAUGACUCAGUUAUUGGUAUUAUAACCCAGAAACCUGGUGAUAUUUUUCGUGUUGAUAUUGGAGGCAGUGAACUCGCCAGUUUGUCUUAUUUAUCAUUUGAAGGAGCAACCAAAAGAAAUCGCCCUGAUGUUAAAGUACGUUAAUAUUUCCAUUUUAUUAAUAUUAAUGUAUUUCACCACCUCCCUACCUUUUUGUUUAAGCUUAAUUUAUCUAGGAACAUAAAUAAUCAUUGCUCUAAAAUUCAUUUUUAUAUUAUCUGAUUUUAUGAAUACAUGAUAUACUAAGCACACUUUUGUUAAGUAUUAAUUAUUUACAUUUUGCAAAAAACAUGCUGUGCAAAUCGCAAGUGUAUUUUUAUUAAUUGAUGCCUUUCUAGUGUACUUGCAGCAGAAUUUUAAAGUUUCCUUGAACGUUAAAUUAAUAAGUCUUUUAUUAUUACCUUAAAAUUAUUUCUAGUAGUGUUCCAAAUAGAAAAAAGUGCAUUUCAAAGCAUUAACCAGUUUUAUUUACUAUCAGUUUUGGGGACAAUUGUUCUUUUGAGUUGGAUUGUGUUUACAUGUUCACUGUAUUAUAUUUAACAAUAAAAUGUUAUAAUUAUUUCUUAUUACAGAUAGGAGAUAUUGUUUAUGCUAAGCUACUAGUGGCUAAUAAAGACAUGGAGCCAGAAUUGGUCUGCAUUGACAGCCAUGGACGUAGCAGCGGCAUGGGUGUCAUUCGAAAGGGCGGAUUUUUAUUUCACUGUCAUAUAAAUUUAGCCCGAAAGUAAGUUAUUCUUUGUUAGUUUCUAAUUUCCUUAACAUGCUCAUAAAAUAUAAUGAACAUGACAUGAGACUGAAAGAUGUCUGCUUAAUUUCCUUUGUUGGAUUUUAAAAUAAAUUGGUAAAAAAAUCUAUCUCCCAAAAGAAAGUGACUUUAUCAUUCACAAUUUUUAUUAUUUACAAAAUAUAACAGGUUUUAAACACUCAUAAAAAAAAUAAAAUGAUUGUUAUUUUGUUAGAAAAGUUGUCAGAAACAACUUUGUUGUUAUUUCCUACUAUUUUCAGAUUAUUAAAUCCAGAAUGUGUAGUAUUAAAGCAGCUUGGCAGGCGUUUCAAGUUUGAGAUUGCAGUCGGAAUAAAUGGUCGUGUGUGGGUUAAAGCUAACAAUGAGAUUCAGACUAUUGCAAUGGCUAAUGCAGUGAUGGCAUCAGAGCUCAUGAAUAAUGUGCAGAUAGAAACAAUGUGCAAAAAGCUUUCAAAAGUUUCUUCAGGAAUUGAUGAAGACUGAGGACCGCAUGUGUUCAUAUUUUGAUUUUCAUAUUAAACGUACGCAUCUCUACAAUUUGGUUUAUGGAUAUUCCAAUUUAUUUAUUGUAAGUGCCUGUGGUAGAUGUAAUUUUUAACCAUAAUUAGUUUAAAAAUUGAUCACACCCUGGGAAUUGAUAAGUUCUUUAGAAAUUAUUGAAUAAUUAAAAGUUGUUGCUCAUCGUUCUUUAAAAUGGGACAUUUUAUAAAGAAUUAAACGCAAAAUUUUAACAUUGUAUAAUUCUUUAUUUAGUUAAUAGUGUUAAGUACAAGUGCUCCUCAUACUUAAACAGUUUCAGAUAAAUAGGUAUUGAAAUUUUGCUGUGGACAGCUGAAUGGCAAUUUUUUUUUGUUUAGAAUUUCGCUUAACAAAGAUUUUUCUCUUCAAAAGCAAAAAUUGGAUUAAUUAAACAUUAUCCAAAGAAAACCUAAUAUGUUUGGACAAAAUGUUAAAUGUAUUUAAAUUAACAACAAAAUAGUAUGACUUAAUUCAGAUAUGAUUUUAUUCUUCUGGAAAUGUAAUACAAAAAAAUCUCUAAAACUGAAUGUAUAUACAGAAGAUCUAUCAUCUUUUGAUGAUCAAUGGACAAUUCAAAGACAAUGAAAGACAACCAAUCCAAUUCCUAUACAAGAAGGAAAUUAAUUGAUUCCAAGUUAAAAAAAGCAUGGACACAAGCGCUAUAAAAGUACUCAAUCAUCAUCAAGAGUUAGCACAGUC